AAAUCAAAUCUUUGAUUUAUUCAUUUAUUGUUCUCACAAUAGUAUCUUAGUUAUUGUUUCCCAGCAAUAAUCUAAGUUGCUUUAUCAUUCUAACCUCAAUACACUUACAAUAGACAUGUUAAUGUUUAUAAUCACUAGAUUCAGUUUGCCUCUAAUUUCAACCACAUCAUUAUUUAGUGCACAAUGAAUUAUCAUAACUGAUCUGUUGUAUUGUAUGGGACUAUUGAGAUAAUGAAUUUUAUAUACGAUUUACCUGAACGACUUUUAACGGUGAAAUCAUUCUUUCCAGUUAUUCAAUCUUCAAAAUUCAAGCAAUAUUUAGAUGAUUGUUUAACCAAUAGAAAACAAUUAGUUGUUGAACAAUUUCAAACAAUAUGUUUUAAAAGUUAUGAAUUGGAAAAAACCAACGAAUUAACAUAUCAUGCUGCAGUUCAUCCACAGAAUUACUAUUUAAAUCGUUAUAAUGAUAUAUUAGCUUAUGACCAAACACGAAUUGUCUUAAAAAAUACAAACGAUCAGAAUCCAGUAACAUUUUCUGAGCUAUCUACAAACUUGACUGGUUAUAUCAAUGCUAAUUUUAUAAGAUCUAUUGAAGUACCGCCUUCAGAUGAUACUUUACUACGAGCAAAUGACCAUUGUGAAUUUAUUGCUACACAAGGUCCACUUAAACAAACAAUUGGAGACUUUUGGCAUAUGGUUUACAUGUAUAAAUGUCCAUUUAUUGUUAUGUUAACAGGGCUUCAAUAUAAUGGUCAAACUAUUUGUGAUUUAUACUGGCCGGAGAAAUUAAACGUUCCUGAGCAUUAUAAAUCCACUGGUUUUGAAAUAUCAGUUACAUUACUUGAAACUAACCAGUCGGAUUGUUUCAUCAAAAGAAUUCUCAACAUUUCAAUGUCAAAUAAUUCGAAUGAAUCACACAAUGUAACUCAAAUACACUUCACAGAAUGGGAAAAUUUCAGUGUACCAACAAUUACAGAUAUGGAUAAACUUGUGAAAGAAUAUGAACAGAAUUAUCAAUCUCUUGUUUAUCAUCAACCUACUACAGCCUCAAUUGGACCAACUGUUGUACAUUGCAGUGCUGGAGUUGGUCGAACUGGAACAUUUAUUACUGCUCUUAUCGUUCGCAAACAUCUUCGAUCUGGCUGUCAUUGGAUUAGUCUACCAAGUAUAGUUUUAAUGCUGAGACUCUGGCGUUACUGCAUGGUUGAGUUGACAGAACAAUACCUAUUCCUACAUGAGUAUUUUGCAUAUAUUUUGAGUCAAGAAAGAUAUUGCCAAAGUAAAAUACAAACAAAUUGAAGAAUGAUUAUUGUAUGUACUAAACUAUAAACGACGAAUAUACUAUUGUCAAUGUGUGAACUGGUAAUUUAAAUUAGUUACAUUGAUUACAUUUUUCCACCUUAAAACAAGAAAUCCUGUAUUGAUCAAGGUUUUCUUUUCAAAAUAUUCAGUACAAGUUUUUGUACAUAAUUUACCAAUCUAAUUCUUACAUUUAUUGUUGUUUACAAUAUAUUAGUAUGUUGUUU